UAUAUAUGCGUGUAUGUAGAAUUUUUUAAGAACUGAAAAUAAAAACAAUGGAUCUUAAGCUUGAUUUUUGUGUUCUCUCCCUAAUUUUACUGGUUGCUUAUGGAACAGAAGCUAGGAAGAAUGCUCAAGGAAAUUUCAAAUCUUCAUUUAUUUCUCAAGACAAUCAUCAACAAGCAUUAAAAAUGAUUUACGGUUCUGAAAACCCAUUUCAUUAUUAUAAAUAUAAACAAGAAGCUGAAGACAAACAUCAGUUUUCUAGUUCGAGAAACUUUUUAUUUUAUUCUCAUAAGAAACAAGAGAUUUCCAGUUCGAAAAACUUUUUAUUUUAUUUAUAUAAAAAACAGGAGGUUUCCGGUUCAAAAAACUUUUUGUUUUAUUUACCUAAAGAACAGGGAAAUGAUGAGCAAUUGGAAACAUUGAAGGAAUAUAUCCAUUCAUCAUCCCAUAUAGAUCCUUCUCUAGCAUCACUUUACUUCCUUAUAGAUGAUCUAAAAAUAGGAAAAACCAUAAAAGAUUUCUCCUUUCCAAGUCGUUCUUCUCUACCAUUCUUUCCCAAAGAAGCAGCCGAUUCCAUUCCAUUUUCAUUAAAGGAACUUCCAAACCUUCUUCAACGUUUCUCCUUGUCUAAAGACUCUCCACAAGCAAAAGCCAUGGAAGAUGCAUUAAGAGUAUGUGAAUUUAAUUCAUCCAUAAAGGGAGAGACGAAAUACUGUGCAACAUCCGCAGAGGCAAUGCUCAAUUUUGUUCAAGAAAUCUUGGGAGAGAGAACCCAAAUAAAAGCGAUGUCCACCACAACUCAUUCCCCAAAGGACUCAAAUAGUGCCUUGCAAAACUAUACUAUUUUGGAUUCUCCAAAAGAAGUUGUCGUUCCUAAGAUGGUGGCAUGUCAUAUCAUGUCUUGCGCUUACACGGUUUUCUAUUGUCAUCCCUCAGUUAGCACUGAAAGAAAGAUGUUCAAGGUUCCACUGGGGAAUGAAGAAAAUGGUGAUAGAGUGGAAGCAAUUGUUGUAUGUCACUUGAAUACCUCUGACUGGAGUCCAUCUCAUUUUUCUUUCCAAGUUCUUGGUAUAUUACCAGGAGCAUCACCUGUCUGUCACUUCUUACCAUCAAGUAAUGAUUUAGUGUGGGUUCCAAAAACAAUUGUCACUUGAAAUAAAAUGCUUUGAAGGAUUGGAGUAAUUAGCUCCACCAUAUAUAUAACUGCUUAUGCAUGUACUAAUAUUUGCUUGUA